AUGGGCUUAUUUGCCACUAGUUCAAUAACAGCACCUCUUUACUUUCAGCUUUCAGUCGCUACAGGCAUCUUCUCAAUGUCGUUGUUAGUAAUUUGGGUGAUUUUCAACACAUUCCUCAACUACUACGUUCCUCUCAUCCCACGAUUCCUUGGAGGAAUGCUGUUUAUGAUUCCGCUCAGUGCUCUCAUUUUCGUCAUCGUCUUGGUCGCUGUCGUAACACUUUUGCCUGACAUAGCCAUAAAAGUAUUCCGUCGUGCAUUACGUGCAGACAUGCAUGAUGCUAUGCUUUGGCAAGAAGGAAUUCGCGGUUCAAAAUUUGACAUACUUUAUCAGCCAAUUUUCAAAAUGUGCGACAUUGUCGGCUUGAAAACUUACGGCGAACUAGAAAGUAACAGAUACGGUUUCGCUUUUGCGCAAGAUGAUGGCACUGCUGUAUCGCAGGUGGAUCUCCUCCGAGAAUGCUCACCCGAAACGUUUAGCAUCAGAACGGCCGUGGAAGAAGAGAUAAACGACAAGAUCGUGAAGGCAAAUGAAAGAUCGUCGAGACAAGACUGUAAAUGA